AAAUAAAUCAAACGCAGAUCGCACUCGGGUUUCGAAGACAAGGUUUGUUAGUAGAUAAUAGAGAAAAUGAUGCUCGGGUUGAGUUGAAUAUGGCUCUCUCAAGAGGACUAAAAUGUUGUCAGCGGAUAUUCUCUUGGAUACCGGUCGUCAUUAUUUCAUGUGUGGUCCUCUGGUCUUAUUAUGCCUACGUAUUUGAACUUUGUUUUUUUACUCUCAGAAAUACACUGGAGAAAGUUGCCUACCUUUUGGUGUUCCAUGUAUGCUUUAUAAUGUUCUGCUGGACCUACUGGAAGGCCAUCUUUACUCCACCCUCCACUCCAACCAAAAAGUUCCAGCUCUCUUACAGUGACAAAGAACGAUAUGAGAUGGAGGAGAGGCCAGAUGUGCAGAAGCAGAUCCUGAUUGACAUAGCUAAAAAGCUUCCUAUUUUCACACGGGCUCAGUCUGGAGCUAUCAGGUUCUGCGAUCACUGUCAACUGAUAAAGCCAGACCGCUGUCACCACUGUUCGGUCUGUGAAACAUGUAUCCUGAAAAUGGAUCAUCAUUGUCCUUGGGUGAACAACUGUGUUGGAUUCUCAAACUACAAGUUCUUCCUGCUCUUUCUGUCUUACUCUAUUCUAUACUGUGUCUUCAUUUCUUCAACAGUGUUCCAGUAUUUUCUCAAGUUCUGGGUGGAGGAGCUACCAAACAGCCAUGCUAAGUUCCAUGUCCUGUUCCUUCUCUUUGUGGCUCUCAUGUUCUUUGUCAGCCUCACAUUCCUCUUUGGCUACCACUGCUGGCUGGUGGCUAAGAACAGGUCCACACUGGAGGCUUUCUCUGCGCCAGUGUUCCAGAACGGACCUGACAGGGAUGGAUUUAACGUCGGUUUCCGCAGGAACCUUCUACAAGUCUUUGGAGAGGACAAGAAGCUUUGGCUUUUCCCAGUAUUCACCAGUCAAGGUGAUGGCCACUAUUUCCCUCUGAGGACCCUGAGUGAAUCUCGGAACCCUUUACUGGCCAGUGAGGAGAGAUGGGGGGAGGAUGGGGGAUCAGAUGAGGACAGCACAGAUGGUGAAGGGGACAAUGAUCCUUCAGUCAAUAUAGAAAUAGAAUCAUAGUUUAUGGAGGAGAUCAAUUUUUUGAGGAGCACUUUCGGCUGCUUUAGGCAUGAACCUUAAUCAGCAAAUGAAGACAAGUACCAAACAUUGGAUACCGAGACUGCAUUCCAAAUCCUGGAAGAUUCCAGGAAAGCAUGUCCAUAGAAAGCCAAAAAUUUUGAAGAACCAUUGAGUGGAUUUGUCCUACGUUUCUUUUUAAAUUAUUUGCCUUGGAUGUUUAUCACUCAUAAUGACUUCCACCCCCCCACCCCCCACCCCGACCAAAAAAAAAGAACAAGGGCAAUCCUAAAGGCUUGGACUUGGCUUCUGUCCCAUUUGCAGAAAUAAUGUUCUUAAAUAUAAAAUCUGUUACUACCACAUUUGACAGUGGCUGCUAGUGACCCUACAUUUGUGUAUGGUUCACUUGGACCUGCAAGAGAGAGAGGCCACCAUUUUGAGACCAGUCAGUUCUACUAGUAUGCACUUCAGAUCCUUUGCUUCAAAGGCCAAGAUAAAUGCUAUCCAGCGGCUGAACAAGUAGAUCAACUCUACUAAAAGCAUGUUUUCUCUCCAAGCCUUAAAGAUUUGUCAAAGACUGUGACUGUUUUCCUAUAAACAUACAACAGGAUGGCAUAAACCUAGACUUUUUUAAAAGUAAAUGUUAAAAUUGGUAUUUUCUUUUUCUUAUCAUGUUAAUAUUAACGUGUGUCUUCGUUAUGUGUGUAUUGAAAUGCAUAUGAAACAUUUUUCAUUUGUUUCAUAAUGUUUAUUAUUUCUUUGGUGGGGAAAGGUUAAGCAUCAUCUUUACUGCUAAUUAUUAUAAUUGUUAAUCAAUUAUUAACCAUCAUACACAAAUCUGAAUUAAUUAUCAAUCACUUUACAAUAUGUGAACACAGUAUCUAAUGAACUGUAACCAGUGUUUUUUGCAGCAAAGCCUAGUUCUGUGUUCUUUGUUCCCAAUCCUAAUGGACUGUACCUUUUGAUUUUGGUGUAUUACUUCAACACACUUUCUAAAAUGAAGAAACUUAUUGCCGUUUAUCCGGUCCACAAAUUGAACUGGGUGAGGGCAAGAAAGGUGUGCUCCACAUGGCAAAUGUGGAAGAGUACUACUGUGUGUACUGCUUUAACAGACAAGUUUCUCUUAGUUUUUCAAAAUAAAGACUUCAUCUUGUAUGGUAAUUCAAUUAUGCAGGAGAGCGCCACUGUUAAUUUACUUAUUUCUGUUUCGAUAAAAUGGAAUUAAGGACAAGAUAUACUUUAAUUCAUAUAAUAGUUUUAUUCCUUUUUUUUUUUUUACUCUAUUCUUGUUUUCAUGUUCUGUAAAUGUGUAAGUUUCAUACACUAUGCCUGCCUGUAUGUCAUGAGAUUUUUCCUUAAGAAGAGUAAUAUUGUUUUCAAAAACUAUUCAUACCAUAGCCACUCCAUUACAUGUCAACAAAUUUUUUAAAUGGUACAAAUAAUGCAUUCUUCAAGAUAACGGCAUAUGAAGAAUUUUAACAAAUAAGUCACAUUCAAUUAUUAAAAACAACAAAACACCCUUUGACCCAAGUGUCUCGAAGUUAUUCCUCAACAUGACUAUAUGACAAAUUGACUCAAUAUUUAAAUAUUUCAUAAAUCUGUGUUUAAAUACAGUUUUAGUAUCACCAAUCUUAUGUCUGUGAGUCUCUGUGUACCAAACUGAUGUCGUCAAAUUUAUUUAUAUAGCACUUUUUACAACAGCUGUUUGUGUAAUGGCUAUUAUCUUAUACUGUAAUAUCACUGAUGUUUAGCUAUGUAUAUUCCAACAUUCAUGACCAGAUUUAUGACUAGUCAGUAAACCAAUAAAACUUUCUGGGUAGCUACAAA